UGCCCGGCCAGUGGUUCAACCUCACUUAGCUGCUUUCUGUCUCCUCAGCUUGGCGGGCUGCAGUUUGACAAAGAACUGAGGUCCCUGAUAGCCUACCUCACUACAAUCACCACCUGGACCAUCCGUGACAAAUUUGCUCGGCUCUCCCAGAUGGCAACCAUUCUCAAUCUGGAAAGGGUAACGGAGAUCUUGGAUUACUGGGGACCAAAUUCAGGCCCGCUGACGUGGUGUCUUACGCCAGCAGAGGUCCGCCAAGUGCUGGCUCUCCGGAUGGAUUUCCGUAGUGAAGACAUCAAACGGCUGCGCCUGUAGCCAUUGGAGCUUUUUAAUUUGUCGCCUCUUCCUGUGACUGGUGGCUGCUAAGCAGGAUGGAAGCUGAGCCACUUGCUGAUUUAGGGAAAAUGUAAAGCUGUUCUGCUGAAAACUGGAGUUAGGAAAAUUUUCCUCUCCAGCAAACAUUAAGGAGCUCGGCUAGAUUUGUGCCUCCUUACUUACCUGCCUUGCACGUGAGCGUUGUGUGUCUCCCAACACAUAGCUCGGCAGAAACCCAGCAUCCUGGGCUCAGGAGGGGCUAUCAGUUCAGCCCCCUGCUCAUGGCAGGCACCCAGAUGAAGGCAUCCCUGGCAGACAGUCCAGCACACGAUCGGCCCUCUGGCACAGGGCUUCCACUUGUGGCUGCUCUUGUGUCAGGAAGCUUAGUCUGACCUUCAGCUGGAGCUGCCUCCGGGCUGCCUGAUCCUGAAGUCUCUAACGGGUGCUGGUACUUAAGAGGUGGAGACUAGCAUGGAGAUGGCUGAAUUAGCUGACAGACCCAAGGAAUUUAUAAUAAAAACUGCUAAUACUGUAA